GCCCCAAAUCUGUGUUAGAUUGACAGACACACAGACCGUCAUGUGUUGCAGCUUGUGUCCGGGGUGGUGCACAGAGAAGAGAAAGAAGGACUUGAGGAGGAGUUUCUGUUGAUUCGGGUUCAGAGUUUUACCAUAGAAACCAAGUCAAGAGCCCUCGGAGAAUACUGCACCGUCUGGUGCCAUAUUUAACCUCUGUGCUACUUCUCUUUAUAUCCGUCAUCUCUCUGGAGUUUUCACCGCUUCCGCCUUCCUCAUUGUCAGCUCUGCAAAACAAUCCAGCUCCCUCUCUCUUCUCUUUGUACUCCAUCGCCAUGGCUUUUGAGCGAAACGCAGAGCACUUUGUGGGUUACGUCAUGCAGAGACCUUUUCUUGGAUGCGUCUCGGGGGUCCCGCUGGACCAAAGGACGUGCGACACAUGGGGCGAUAUUUUGAACUUCCAGGCGCACCCCGAGGACAUCCUGGUGGCAGCGUACCCAAAAGCAGGUAUCACCUGGAUGCAGGAGAUUGUGGACAUGAUAUAUACGGAUGGUGAUACAGAGCGGUGCCGCCGAGGACCAACCUACGACAGACACCCCUUCAUUGAGGCCGUAGCCCCAAAACCUGUUCCGUCAGGGUUGCAGUUAGCAGACAGCAUGAAGCCACCACGGAUAUUAAAGACCCACCUUCCCGUCCAGCUCCUUCCUCCAUCCUUCUGGGUUCAGGACUGCAAGGUUAUAUACAUCGCUAGGAAUGCAAAAGAUAGCAUGGUGUCUUACUUUCACUUCCAGAGGAUGAACAAGGGUCUCCCGGACCCUGGAAACUGGGAGGCUUACUUCUCAAAGUUCCUGACAGGAGAUGUGCAGUGGGGAAGCUGGUUUGACCACGUCCUAGGAUGGUGGAAGGCCAAAGAUCAGCAUCAAGUGCUUUACACCUUCUAUGAGGACAUGAUUGAGGAUCCGAGGCGCGAGAUCUCGAAAGUCAUGAGGUUCCUGGGAAAGGAUCUUUCGGAGGAAGUCCUGGAGAAGAUCUACCAGCACACCACCUUCCAGGCUAUGAAGGAGAAUCCCAUGGCCAAUUACAGCACCAUGCCGUCAUUUGUCAUGGAUCAGUCUGUCUCGCCCUUCAUGAGAAAAGGUAUAGUGGGGGAUUGGAAGAACCAUUUCACCGUCUCUCAGAAUAUAACAUUCGAAGAGGAAUACAAGAGGAGGAUGGAGGGGCGAGGCUUGAUUUUCCGCACUCAGCUCUGAAGGUUGAUCGCCUCUCGCU